AUGUCCUGUUCUUUGAAUCAACAGAGCUUCUUGCUCUGUUCUUCACUUCUCCUCAUCAUGGCUCUCUCUGUUUCUUCUUUUCAUCCAACUUUUCUAAACAAUACUAUUUUUGAUUCUCAGAUACUCACUGCUCGCCAUCUUCUUCAAGCUAAAAAAGGUUGUUCUGUGAAUUUCGAGUUUCUAAACUACACAAUAAUCACAAGCAAAUGCAAAGGACCUGAGUACCCUCCGAAACCAUGUUGUGGAGCGUUUAAAGAGUUUGCUUGCCCUUACGUUGACGUGCUAAACGAUUUAACGAACGAUUGCGCCUCAACCAUGUUUAGCUACAUCAAUCUUUACGGAAGAUACCCUCCCGGUCUCUUCGCGAGCGAGUGUCGUGAAGGAAAGCGAGGUCUAGCUUGUGAGGCGUUGUCUCCGUCAGAGUCGGCCAAUGAUACUGCAAAUCAAAUCGUACAUACUCCUUCUAUAUUACUGGCUCUCACUUCUUGCAUUUUCUUGAUCAUGUUAUUCUGA